AUGGAUGGAUACGAAGAAUGUUUCGCCGAUGAUGAGUCUGACAAUAAUAUUGUUACUACACGUAAUGUGCGUUACUCCAACCAUGAAAACAGCGAUGGCGAACAACUAAGUGGAGACAGUGCUCGGGAUUUUUAUUCAGACCCCAUUAAGGAAAACGAGUGCGUCUUUGACACAGAAUGGGCAUUGAAAAGAAGGUGCAGUUUAUCUUCCCUGAUCUAUUCUCGCUUUCUUGUGCGCUGGGAGGACAAAAUGAAGUCAGUUCGCUGAGUUCGUGGCGGAAGCUAGAGUUAUUUCGACGAUCGGGUUAUUUUCGCUAUAAGACUUUCAAAACACUGUAGAAACCUGACUGAUAUUACGUUCGUCCAACAACGAAUAAUAUUGUUCCUUGGCAAGGAAUACAAAAGAUAUUGAAAGAUAUUACAAAUUAAAAUGA